CAGUCAUAAACCAAUCAACUAUAAAUUGAAUGUUUAACGUCAAAACAAAUAUUCAUCUUUGCGUUAACUUCAAAUUAUAACAAUUUUUUAAUUUGUUUUUACUGUGAACAUGUAUAUUGGCAGCCUCAGUUAAACGAUACGAGUUUAAAAGGAAUGAGGUUGAGGUUCAAUUUAACAAUGUGUACUUUUUUUAUUUUUAGAAUAAUAAUGAAGUGAAUAAAUUAUUCAGGAUGCAGCACUAUUAAACCAUCGUAAUAUAGAUGGGUCACUUUGAGACAACAUGUUUGAAAAGGUGUGUGCGCUGGAAAUCAAGCGGUACGAUAAGAUAAGUUGUCAUAAUGUCCAAUUCAUAUAAAGAUCGACAUGCAAAGUUAGGAUGCAUGGUCCUUAGAUUGUUUCCUCAAGUUAUGCAGAUGAUUUUAAUACAGUAUUUCACUCCACAAUGGUUACAACGGAAAUAUACGAAAAACGAAUACCGUUUUGUGUUUAGGGCAAAUGAAAUUGCUGUAAUGGACAAGCUUCCAAACGUGGACGAUUUUACAAUUGAAUUAUGCUACAAAAUACUUAUAUCUGAAAAUAUGUUAGACGAACCUAAAUGUAAAUGGGGAAAUGUCCCUCAUGAGGUAGAAGUAGAAAUGACCGAUGAUAUACAACGGUUAAUUAAUGCAACAAAUUCAAUAGUUAGCAUAAAAUCUGAAGAGGUAACACAGAAUUAUUCCGAUAAGUUGCUAGAGCACAUCAAAUUGAUAGUUACCAGAACGGAUUCAUGUUUUAAACAAGACACUUUAAGAAGCAUGUAUAACACUUUAAGCAGAUCUGGAAUAGAUACUACCUCCGUCUUACAAGACCUAUCAAUGAUAAAAGCAAUCGAAGUGACGAAGUUCUUACCAAAUAGUGAAAGUGAAGAGCAAGAAAGGUAUUCUAGGCUUUCGAUGGCCAUCAUCGAAACUUUUCCGAAAAUUUUAAGACAUGUUAUUCGAUCAAGAAUAUCUGCAAGCCAGCUGUAUACAAUGUGUAAGCCAUCUCUUAAAACGUUCUAUCCAGAACAACGGACAAGCCUUAAAGAACUAUCGAAUUCAAAUACUUAUGAUUCCUUAGAUAUUACAAUAGUGUAUAGACUAUUAAAACAGUUUUCGCUUAUACCUUCUCCAACUAAAGGAUGGGGAGUUAUUCCAGACAAUGCAGAUACUAGUUUGGGAGAUGAUAUUGAACGUAUACGAUGCUAUAGAAAUGAUCUUGCUCAUCGACGUGACACCAAUAUCAAUCAAUCGCAUUUCAAUGAUUACUUCAAUAAGUUUCGAGAAAUUUGUCGUAGAAUGGAUCUUCAUAUUUUCCACUAUACCGACUAUGAAAAGCAAAUAAUUGGACACACAACAUGUGCAAUGGAUGCGGAAACACAAAUAAAAUAUGAGAAUGCGAUGAAGGAGAUAGAAAGCAUUAAAUUGAAAUAUGAAAAAGAGCCAAUAACGUUUUACUGGGGAGAGACCUUUGAAAAAAGUUUGAGGAAUCUUCGAUCGCUUUUAAAAGAAAAAAUAUUAGAUGGAAGACAGAAAGUUCGUUUACAGAUCAUCUUUGAAACCGAGAAUGAUGUAGAGAAAAAUAUUGAUAUCCUCAAUUCGCUCAAAGACGAAAUAAAUGAAGGCUUAAAUGGAAUAGAGUUCAUUGUUGCCACAAAAGGGAGUAUUGUCCUGAAUGCAGAUAUUUCGUUGGAAAUGAUUGAAACAGAUGAAUUGUUACAAUCCACAUUGGUUUUAUUUCUAGAAAAGAUUUUGGAACGUAUUAAGACAUUUGCUACUGAAAGUAUUGAGAUGGUUCUGUUACCUUUAGAAGGAGUUAUCUCCCCAAACACUGUUUUCCUUCUGUCUACUAAUCCUUCGCAACCGUAA